CAGGAAAGUAAUACAAUGUUGGCUCCCCUUCUUAUGUUAGCACUCUUUGUGCUGGAGGCAGACAUCAUUUGUGGCCAGUCUACAAAACUAGAAUGGUUACCGGAUGAUAUGUAUAAUCCACUGUCAGAACCAAGAUUGUGUGGACUUAACACAGAUGAACCUGCUUAUAUUUGUGAUCCCAACAAAAUUAUUGGUGAUAAAAGUAAGUUUUGAAAGAUGUCAGUGAUAUUAGUAUUAGUAAUAGUUUCCUUUUGUGCAUUUGCUUGGCUCUUAAUGUUAGAAUUGUCAGAAAUAAAUCUGUGGCUAAAACAUCAAGAUACAUAAUUUUUUGAUGUAAGUGUCACUAACCCUACAAGAUGGCCCUGAUUUCACUAAAUAAAAUACUGAUAACUUCUGAAUCCCAAGUGCAUUUGGUGUGUAAUAUUUUGUUUUCGUUUUACAGUUGGGAAUCUCAUAAAGUGCAUUACUUGAAUUUUAAAUGCAUAUUUUAUCGAGUAACUUAGUAGAAGGGAAGUUGGCACAUUGUUUGGUGGGCUAUAGCUAGUAUUCUAAGAAAUUUGUGGUAAUCAUUUAUUUAUUUGUUUAAUUUUAGUUUAGUAGUAGAAGUAAAUAAUGCCCUAAAAUGAUCUUAAUAAACAUAAGUAACAUUUAAUUAUGUUGCCAUUUAAGCAUACAUCUAACGGUACAUUCACCUUUAUUAAUAACCACCCAUGCAAGGGAUAAUUAAAAUGUAAAUUUAAAAAAAACAUUUCUUAAUUUAAUUCCUUUUUUUUAAAAAACAAGACAUUGGUUCUCUAAAAAUCUUUUCUUGUCUUGCACACCCCAAUUUAAUCAAACUUGAAAUUCAUUUCACAAAUUUUAAUUUUCGAACUACAAUUAUAGCUAAUAUCAAAUACAACUAAUAAUUGAAAAUUUUUAAACAAAGUCAGCUGAUAUUAAAUUCAUCAUGUUUUUUGUGUGUGACCACUCUGGUUGCUCUGCUACUAACCUGUCAGCUGAUAAUGCACACACAUCGUAAAAAAAUGACAGGAGUGUUUCUGUGUAUUGCCAGCUUUCAAUAUAAAGGUACGCUAAAGAAACUUGUGAUAAUGAAACUUGUUGGCCCAGUUUUUGUUGCAGUUGCAGUGAGUAGCACAUGAUCACAGAAAGUUGAAAAUCCAAGUAACAUAAUUGCAUUGGGAACAUACCUUAAGUUUUAAAUGACAUUAACGUUGUUACGUAUCAUUAUAAUGUGUAGAGAAUUUAAUCUCUUAUUAACUAUAUGGCUCUUGACAAACAGUACAUAACAAAGGACGAUAACAUUAAUUAAAUACAGUAAUAAAGAACGAUACUCAAACUAGUGAUAAUUACAUAUAAUAAUUUAUUAAGUUCACUUUACAAUGCAAAAACAAAUAGAAUAAAAUAAAGGCUAUUCACUUACAUUACAGCAAUGAACUGGUACCGGUACAAUAUUGAGAAGGUGCACAUACAUAUGAUAAAUAGAAUAUACAAAUCUACGAUCAGUAAAUUAUGUCAAUCUAUUAUUCUUGCUCUCGACUCGUAUCGUAAGUGCAAUCUCUGUCUCAAUUUUUGUCUUGCAGUCUCCCUGGUCCCUCUGUCGGACAGCUUAUGUACUGUCUUUCAUAGAGAAUUUUCCAGAAAGGGGUUACACAUUGUUUCUGUAUCUAGGGCCUUCUUGUAAGUUCCACAGAAUUCGAUUAUAGGCUAUGUUUACUUAUAGUCAAGGUCAAGGGACACCAUUUAUAAUUAGGCCACACCCAUCAUUUUGCCAAACUUGGGGUCACCCAGAGUUCAGGCACGAGAAACAUGACUUUAACAUGAUGUAAACAAGGCAAGCUUCUACCGUAACAGACAUACCUUCUUAUUUAAAAAAAAUAUUUUUAAGAACGUUUUAUGGCUUACUCUAUUUAAAGAUGUUACUCUGGUAAUGACUAUGAUACUCUUUCAGUCCAUAGCAUGAACUGGCAUCUAAAGGAUGCCGCCUACAAUAGCACAUCAUGUCCUUGCAGCACUUACUAUUGUGAAAAUGAGAGAGGAGCUGUAGGAUAUCGAAUUGGUGUUGCCCUUGUCAGACGUAUGGCCCUUCAAACAAAGUGAGCGUUGGUGUUCCAGUGAAAUUUCUUCACUUUUACUUUUAUCACUUUUCUUGUUAAGAUAAGAUAUUGAGUAACAAGUGUUUUCAAUCUACCAUCUAAGUUUUUUUAUAAAGAGGGAAAUAACUAAAGCCUAUAUGUGAAUAUAAAUUUUGAUUUUUUUUUAAUUUUAUGCUUUAUUUAAAAAGGUGGUGCAGUUCACAAUACCACUGCUUAUUUUCUCUCUCGCUCUCUCUGACUUUUAGCACAGAUGGCCGUCUUAACACACCAGAAGACCAAGCCCAGCUCUUCGCACACAGACUCGGGAAUGGCAAGUGGAACAUGGGUCGCUGUGAAGAAGAUAUUGUCAUAUUCUAUUCCGAAGAGGACAAAGUGGUUAGUCAUUUUUAGUUUUACCAAAUUCAAGAAGAGAAGUUGCUCAACACUUUAAUUUACUAAAACAUUCAGAAUUUAAAAAAAAAUUCUUUUAAAUAUUUUACAAAGUAUGCACACUGAAGUACCGACAAAAACACAGGCAUUCUGCUAAUUUUGAUUGUUUUGGGCUUUCAGGUCAGGUAAAAAGUUAACUUGGUAUCUCUGAUGGUGUUUUUAACUCCCUCCUCCACCCCCAACAAUAAGAAGAAUGAAAGAUUUUAGUUAUGUAAGAUAAUAAAUGCCAUGUUAUUGUACCUUUGCUUUAAUAAUUUUGUUUUGUUUAAUGCACUCAGCUGGCCAUCUACGGGGGAUCUACUGCUAACCAGAAGCUGAGUCCUUACUACCGUGCGCUUCUCAGACACAAGGUUGGAGAUAGGCUCAAUGAAGGGCGCAUUGUUCAGGCAUUGGAUAAUCUCAUAUAUGACAUCAAGUGAGUAUAAAGGCUCAGUGAAGGGUGUAUAGUUCAGGCAUUGGAUAAUCUCAUAUAUGACAUCAAGUGGUUAUGGCUUCAUGUGUGAAUUGAAAUAAAAUUUGUUUCAAAAUGACAUUAUUUAAAAAUAAUAUUAAUUAAUUUUGGGUCGAUUUUUACAAAUUCUAUUUUUUUUUCACAGAAGAAAUACACUUUUAAAUGGUAAUUUUUUUUUCCUUCUUAACAGGAAGGUGUUAAAUUGUGAGUACUCAACGGCUUACAGUUGUGGUCUUUACGAAGUUCGUUCUGGGUCCAACAGCAUCACCAGUUCCAUCACUGUAUUCUUGUCAGUCAUUACAGCAGCACAUUUUAUUUUUGGCAGAGAGUGAGAGAUAAGUCAGGAUCUUAUCCAUGCCCAAAUGUCAUUAUUUAUUGCUAUCAAUUCAGUUUUAAUUUGAACAUCACUUUAGACAUCACUCACAUAUGGUCAAUUAUCUUCUGAUGAAAAGAUCUCAAGUGUUUGGCUUUUUAAAUUGAUAAAGAAAAAUUUAAGGGAACCGAAUUAAUAACACUUGCAUAAAGUAUCUACUUCUUUUCAUUUUUCUAUCUAAAGCAUAUGUAUUUAAAUAGUUCCAUCAAUGACAAUAUUAACAAAGUCUUUAUUGGCUCAACAUACCAAUUUAUAUGAAUAAAUAUGAUUUUUUUAUUGUUUGGGUGAUUUUUCCUUGUGGCACUUCAAAUAAAUAAUAAUGCCAUUGUUUAUUAAUGGCUAUAUAAAAUUACAUAUAUUUUUUUUUUUAAUAAAAGGGAUAGGAAACCAGGAAAUUUUAUGAAGGAUUUCCAUACGAUUUUUGUCAUGUAUGAAAUAUUUAGAAAGCCUUUAUUGUGCCUUAAUACUUGGUAUACAAUUAAAUAAUUCCUCAAGCUUAACUGAAUAGGCUGUCCUUUAGUACUGUUAACAACAUAGUACUUUUAAGGUUGACUAAAAUGGAAUAUUUGUGUGACCAAGCUAGCAGUAAACUGCCUUUUCAUUUUAUAAAAUAUUUUAAAGUAUGUGCACUCCAUAUAAUAAAAUAUAGACAUUUGCCUUGUCUAGUUUCUUAAUGACUAAUGCUGCCCAGCCAAGCCUGAGAUUAUCUUAUUAAGUGUCAAAUUUGGUCAUAGUGGCAAAUCUUUUAGGUUGCUGUUGUAAAGACCAGUGGCCCUUAGUUAUCUGGAUUUGAAAAUCAACAAUCGUCCAGUUGAUCAUCUUUCAUAACUUGCCAUUUAUUUUAAUGUAAAUCCUAAAGCUAUGGUGUGAGUCUAAUGAAAAUUAACAAAAAGAACUUUUGGUGUCUUUAUUUAUAUAUUUUUACAGUAGAUCACUGGAAAUUUUCCGCUAACUGUGUCAGUGUGUUGUGAAAGACUAGUAGUCACCACUUCUUUACAUUUGAGUCUGAGUUGUGGCAACUACAGGGCAUUUGAGAACCACUCUUGGUAUUUAUUCAUGUUGAACUGUUGUUCACCUUUACUUUUCCUGUUUCUUUUUAGACUAAGAAAAAAGAAAUUCAAGUUCUCUUUUUAUAAAUAGGCUGUGAAUCUGUUUAUGUAUUCUGAUAUGACCAGCUUGAUGCUAAUGUUUUUAUUGGUGCUAAUUUUAUUAUAAGGAUCUGAACUAUUUAAAGCUUAAAUAUGUAAGUAAAGCUGUCAGUAAUCUAUUUAUUAUCUGUAUAUCAUGGCAUGAUUCAUUUUCUGAAACUGUUCAAAUGUGGUGCAUGGUUUGUUUUUAAUGAAAGUUCAAUAUAGUUUUUUUCAGUUUGUUUGCUGUUAAAUGAUCAAAUCCUUUCAUGUUUUUAUUGUACAUUACAUCUAUUAAUACUUCUCAUUACAGUUUAUUCUUGCCCUAAAGCCGACUUUUAAAAAAAACAACAAAUAUAUCAGGGGUGGUAGGAAUAGGAAUUUUUAAAAUAAUUUUCUCCAAGUCCAUGUUAUAAUGUAAUUAUUGUAUAUCAUAGAAAUUCUACUUUACCCAAUGCUCCGCAAGAUUAGAAUACUACCAGAAGCUUUUAGUGUUAAUAAAACAGAGUUAUUGGAAGUUGAUGGCAGUUCGCCCAAUCUUAUAAUAAGUAAAUAAUAAAAGUCAUUUACAGAUUAUUUAAGGCUAGCCUUUGUUCCUUCAUCUGCAUUUCGUUUGGUAUCAUUUUGCUUACACUGGCAUAUGAUCUUAUUGGGUCCAGUUAUACACUUUUCAGGCUUUUCCUACACAAACUGUGACUGGCUCAUGAACGAAUAGGCUUUAGGACGAGUAUCUACAGUAAGUCAUUGUUAACAAUGUGCAAAUUUUUUUUUUUUUAAAGAAAAUCGGUUCAUUAUUGUGGGCAAUGAAUGAGUUCAUUCACUUUAAAUCAUCAGUGUUUUAUUUUUUAUUUAAAUAAAAAGUAUAGCUUUUAAACUAUGUUGUAUUCAAAUAUUUAAUCUUUGCCACCAUUCUUAUUUUGAAGGCACUCCAACUUGACUGACAGCAUAAUUUAGUGUUUUCCCUUUUCCCUUGUCAAUGAAUGUAUGUUAAAAAAUGCCUUAUGUGCACAUGCUUAGCUUACUGUCAUUAUUAUGGGAUCUAUUAAUGCACAUUUCAAAAACUGAAAUAUUUAGAAAGGGAAUUUAAAAAAAAUAUAUUUCUUACAUACAAUUUUCCUUCUGGGUGAGACUAUCAACAUUUUAAAAAAUAACUUUAUUUUUGUUUGCUUCAACUGCUCUUUUAAAUAUAGUUGAAAGCAAGAUAACCUUUAUGUUACUGAUGUAUAGCUAUUUAUGUAUUAGAAUGUCUAGCUUUUUAAUUGUGUGUUAUGUUUGAACUCUUACUUUCUCUAGUUGAAUUUGUAUGCACAAUAAUCUACAUUUACAUUUGUCUUGCAUGAGUAAAACUUUGAACUAUGGCUUACUUUUAUACAAAGUUUUUUUCUUUAGAUUAAAUCUUUUUUAUACAUUUAGUUUACCACAGUAUCGAUCAUUUAUUUUAUUCAUUUAUCUAAUGAACAAAGAUCUUGUACUUGUAACGAGAAACAACAAAUUUAUUUCAUCUAGACAACACCAACAUUGAAUAUGUUUUAGUCGUCAAUUAAUAAAACCAGACAAACCAAUAACAUAAGAGUAUUACAGAAAUUUAACAAUAUUACAGAUAAAGAGCAACAAUAUUUAACUUCGUUGAAAUUAGCCCAGAUCAUUCACAAAGUCUUCAUUUGAGAGAAAGCUGCAUAAUUAUAAAUUUUAAGUGAAGACCCUGGAAUUGGGCUGAUAACUAUUUAUAAAAUUAUUCAAGUCCAUUUGGGAUUUAAAAGAUAAGAAAUCUAAUAAAUAAGACUUGCGCCAUUUCUCUAACCAAAAAAUUUCCAAUCAAAUAUUUUUUUUCUUUUCACUCCAUUGUUCCUCAUGCUCAGUACCGUAUUUUUUUCUUUAAAACAUUUCCAAAAUGUAUUAUUAAUUUCUAUAUACUCUGAUCCAUAUUCCAGUAUUUUGACUAGAAAAAUAUAAAAUUAUCUCAGUAAAUUUAUCAAAUUUAAAAAGAAAAAAGUAUUUACAUUUGAUUGAGUGUUAGAGGAAAGAAGCAUGCGCCUCAUUAUAAUGUUACAAAGUGUACAAAUGUUAAAUUUGGCAACCACAUCACAAAGUUUCACAUCAGCAUAAAACAAUUUUUUUAAAAGAACGUAACUACCAUCAGUAGUUUUUGAAAAUCUUUGUAGAAUGAAUGACAAGCAAUAUAGUGCUUUUUUGUUUCAAUUUCAAAUUUACAUGAGUUUUUUUAUAUAUCUAUACAUAUUUACAGUACAGAACACUUGAGUUAGUAAAAAAGUAAAGAUAAAUGUUUGCUUAAAAUGCUAGUAAAAUUAUUUGUGACCUUGGUAAUAUAUAUUUAUAAAAUCAAGAAUUAAAGUGAACAAGUGUAUAAUGUGUGCUGUAAUUUUAAAAUUUUAAAUGAUAUAAAAAAAAAACUACAUAAGUUGUAGAUCUAAAUGCAUGAUUUGUAUAAUCUUUUAAAAUAUGCUGAGUUUUAAAAUUAAAUUGUACACAAUAGCUUUGAACAUCUAAUUUAAAUGCAUAUUUAAAAUUCCAAUGUAAUAAAAUAUGUUUUUAAAUCAUAGUCAUUAUACAAUUUCCAUAAACUGAGCAAAAUACACAAAAAAAUUGUAACAAUAUUUGAGAUUCUUUUUAACAACAAAAUUAAGCCCAUUAUAUAGUUUUAGAAAGCUAGCUAGAAAGAUUACAAAUGGAAUGAAUAUGCUUCUGAACGUAAUUUUCUAUUAAAUAUAGAGUAGAAAAGGUUUUUAAUUCUAUGCGAUAGUGGAAAUUCAAUACAUUAAAAUUAAUACUGCAUUGGAAAAAAAUGUCUGCUGCAAUCAACAUAGAAAUGCCUCAACUCUAGUGUAAGAUAAUUGUGCUUCAUUACUUUUGCCCUAAUACAUGGGUUUCAUAAGGAAAUAACAUUUUUGUAACAUGGAGCAAAAAUAUGAACUUGUGGCU